AUGACUACCCAUAUAAACAAAUCCGCAUCCUCCUCCAACGUUGCCAUUGCGGAGAUCCACGGCGAGCCCCUCUCAGAUCUCGAUCAGCAACUCUGGGAUAUGCUCGCAGCAACAGCUUCUGCUCAUCCCCACAGAGAAGCAAUAGUCUCUCUCUGGCAAUCUGCAGAUCUGAAUCGACCAUCAGAUGAUCCCAAUCCGAUCGCGCAAUCAGAAUGUCUCAGAUGGUCGUAUGGAAAUCUCCGGGACAGAGCUGAGCAUCUCGCGGACACUCUGGAGAAACUAGGAAUCGGCGCUGGCAUGCACGUCGCCGCAGUCCUUUGGAACUGCGCAGAAUGGGGCCUCUUCUUCUGGGCCUGCGCCAAGACCAGAGCCACAUUCAUUCCCAUUGAUGCUCGUGCGACAGAUGACUUUGCUUAUAUGCUUGAGUCAACCACACCACGGGUACUGGUGGUCCAGGAUGCAGACACGGCCGCGCACCUGACCAAGCAAAACUUCAGCCUCCCGAGCACCGUCAUCCGUAUCCAUUGCGGAAUGAGUGGCACAGUUGACGGCUGGAUGGGCCUCGACGACCUCCUGGCUUGGGAUUCCUCAUCUCAGGGGGAUCAGUGGCCUGGUGACACAGACGACGAUCAAGGACCGCCCCGAGCCAACGGAAUGUGCGGGAGUAACGGGGACACUCCAGCCCUCAUUGUCUUCACGAGUGGAACCACCGGGAAGCCCAAGGGAUGCCCUCACACAAACCGCAACUUGGUGUCGCAGACCUACAACUACGAUCCCAAUGUCGACUCGUCGUUCGUCGACCGCUGGCUGGUCCACACCCCUGUGUGCCAUGUCUUUGCCAUCAACAACGCGCUUCGUGCGUGGCGGCAUGGCGGCACAGUCGUAUUCGCGGCCAAGUCUUUCCACAUUGACGCUACGCUGAGGGCCUUGGUUGAGGAAAAAUGCACUGUCAUGUCGGCCACUCCAACUCUAGUCAAGGCUCUGUUAUCUCAUAGUUCCUUUCCGAGUCCCGGGGAUCUGAACCUGUCUAUCGUCUCCAUUUCAGGGACAAUCAUUGGGCCAGAACAUAUAUGUCUGUGCAAGGAGGGGCUCGGUUCACGAGAUGCUAUCCAAGCGUAUGGGAUGAGUGAAGGAGCACCGAUCAUAAGCUGGUCACGCCAGGAUGAGAUGCUUGUAGAUGGUUACCAUCCCGGGGUUGGCAAAGUUCUUGCUGGAGCGGCUGUUCGAAUUUGUCGUCAGGGUAGUCGAGAGAUUCUGUCUCGAAUGGAAGUUGGAGAACUCCAUAUAUCCGGCUCAUCGGUAAUACAUGACUAUUUUGGUGAUGUUGGAGAUGACGAAGAAAAAUUCUACAACGACAAUUCGGGAAGGUGGCUAAAGACAGGGGAUCAAGCCAUGAUUGAUAAGAACGGGGUUGUUUAUAUCCUUGGGCGGUACAACGAUUUGAUAAUUCGGGGAGGCGAGAAUAUCAAUCCCUGGAAAAUUGAAUCUGCAUUGUCCGAAAUUCCAGGUCUUCAGCAAGCAUUUGUUGUAGGAGUGCCAGAUGAAAUUGCUGGUCAAAUCCCUGUUGCUAUUGUCAAACUUGCUUCAAGGGUCUCUAAAAUAGAAAUAAUGGAGAAGGCAAGGCUCUUGGGCCCUCAGUAUACUCUCGAUACUGUAUACACGCUUGAAGAGUUGGGCCUUAGGGGCAUCCCAGCAACUUCUAUUGGAAAGCCAAAGAGAGCCAUGCUAGCCGAUAUCGUGAUAAAAAAACGGCAUGUUGGCAGAAGUAAAAUCUCAGAGAUGGAAAGCCAAGAUAACGAAGUAGCCAUGUUAGAAGAAGGGUUGGGAGAGAUAUGGAAACGGCUGGUGGGAGUUCACCCCAUUAAGACUGAUGAUAUUUUCUGCUUAGCUGACAGCAUCACGUUGCUUCGAUACUGCGACACCGUUCUCCGAGUAUAUGGAAAGCGCCUUUAUCUCCAAGAUCUAAGUAGAUGCAAUACAAUCGAAGGCCAGGCCCAACUAUUAGUUGCUAGAGAUCCAUCACCAAGAGCAGGGGCUGGAAUCGAACCAAAAGCCGUCGUUCAAAAUGAUGGCCACAGUGCCCUCUCUAGGAGAGAGCAAGGAUACAGCUCUGACCGACAUUUGGUCUCCAAAGUCGAAACUGUCGAUACUUUGGCCGCUGCGCAAGAUCAAAUUGAGGAGUUCGAUCUGGAUAGAUCCGACGUUGAGGACAUCAUUCCUAUAAGAAAUUCCAUAUAUCGGGCAGUCGUUGGUCAAAGGCCACAGUCAUAUCGUACUCGCAUUGUCUUUCGAGUUCACAACGCAACCAUUUCUCAUAUUUAUGACGGACUGUUUAAAUGGCUGGCAAAUAGACCUCUCCUACGAACAAUCCUCUUGGGCGCCCAAGGAUUGCUUUAUCAUAUUGUCGUGCGACAUAGUCACAAUCUCUUUCACAAACUAGUGCGCGAGGUCACCGCAGAAACGGAAAAGGAAGCAAAAGAUGUUUAUGAAAACAGCUCUGCAGAUAAUCACUCUCCAAUGUUCAUGUUCAAUGCAACCAUCAUAAAGGCGAAAGAGACGGGCCGAUACCUCCUGUGCCUGACGUAUAACCAUUCUAUAGUGGAUGCCUUGACUCUCCUUUCUUGGCAUCGAGAUAUCGACCGACUCAUACACAAUUGCAACACGAUAAUACCCAUACAAACGGCUUAUCGACUUUUCGCAGAUUUGUUCGUAGGAUACCAGGAGAGCCUGCCGGCUCAGCAAGCAAUUUCAUUCCACGUUCAGCGACUGCGAGGUAUUUCCCGCUACAAAAGCGCAAUAUGGCCCAAACAACGCGCCCCCGGAAUGAUGAUAGCCGGUGAUGAAGAUUCAUUCUUCUUCUCGGAGCGCCAAAUCUCCAGAAAUCGUAUAUGGAAAGGAGAAUGGCAGGCAAGAGCCGAAGAGUUUCGAUUCCCACGUCGGAGCAGAAUUGUUCGCUUACCAGGCCUAACCAAAUUGCGCAGCUCAUAUAACCUGGAGCCAAUGAUGUUCACCAAAUGCGCUUUGGUGUUAUUCAAUGUGAUUCAGACAAGGUCGCCAGUGGCGCUAUUCAAUUCCUGGGAGAGUGCUCGUUCAUGGCCAUUUGUGCCUGACUGGAUAGCAAACGCGCUUCAGCCCGCCAUGAGCAUAGAUGGUCCCACAGUCGAAUGGAUCUUGAACAUGUUUGAGGUAAACGGUGAAGAGACGCUCGUGGAUUUUAUCCAGCGCAUGGUUCUUGAGCAGGAGCAUAUCCAGCGCCAUGAACACGUACCGUGGGAAAAGGUUGUGCAAGAGCUUCGAGAAGAAGGCGAAGUGGCAACGGAUGCGUCAUUUCGACAAUCCUUUGUGUGGGAUGUGAGCAUGGGGGUCGCAGCGUCUCGAGGAUUCCGCAGUGAUUUUGACACUCUCGAGCCAGUAGCCAAGUAUGACUGGCCAGAUUGUGGACUCUUUUGGAGCGCCUUCAUGGUCGAUCAAGAGAAUCUCUUUUUCAUUGCUUCAUGGGAUACAGCGCAGCUGAAUGCGGAAGAGAUGGAUGAGUAUUGCGAUGGCCUGGCAGACGUAAUGCGGAAGCUUGCUGACGAGAAUAACUGGGACCGAAAAGUGAGAGAGGUGUUUAUGCCUGCCUACUAA